CCCAAAAUAAAAACUAACACCGUUAGCCACGAGCUCCCUCCCCUCUUAUCUUUGCGAUACUUAAAGGCCCAUUGCAUAGCAACCGCUGUAACGUUGAAAGAAUCGCACGCGCCACCAGCAUUUCUGAACUGACCCGCCACCCAUGGCGAACCCCGCGACCAUUCCGAUGACGAGCUCUCAAACCACGGCGGCUAGCGGGGCCCAGUCACAACCCCCGAUAGCUACGCCCGCUUUCCGGGCGUUCCUUUCGCGCCUCACGUCCUCGAUCCGUCAGGGACUCUCCCAACGCCGUCCAUGGUACGAACUCAUCGAUCGUUCUGCCAUGGCCCGUCCCGAUAAUCUAACGGAUGCCUAUUCCCGGAUCCGCAAAAACCUCUCGUACUUCAAAGUUAAUUACAUAACUCUGCUCGUGGUUGUUCUCGCUUUCUCUCUCCUCUCUCAUCCCCUUUCCCUUCUCGUCCUCCUUGGGCUCCUCGCUGCGUGGGUCUUCCUAUACCUCUUCCGACCGUCGGAUCAACCUCUCGUGCUCUUCGGCCGCACGUUCUCCGAUCGCGAGACCCUUGGCGCGCUGGUGGUGUUGACCGUCUUCGUUGUGUUCUUGACCAGCGUUGGAUCGCUCUUGAUCUCCGCGCUUUUGAUCGGAGUCGCCAUCGUUUGCCUACAUGGUGCAUUCAGGGUUCCAGAGGACUUGUUUUUAGACGAUCAGGAGCCUGCGAACACCGGAUUCCUCUCCUUCCUUGGCGGCGCCGCCUCCUCAGCUGCUGCUGCGGCGGCCCCAGCAGUUGCCUCACGCGUUUGAACAACAGAUCUUUGAAGCUGAACGUGCGUAUGAUUUUUUUACCUUCGUUUAUGGUAAAUCAAAAAUGAUUUACUGUUUUCAUGAUAGAUUAAAAGAUUCAAUUGUAGCUUUGUUGUCUUGUUUGUAUUUAGAUUUGGAUCUGAACUUGGAUUAAGAGUUAGAUCUUAUUGUGUCGUCAUUUGGAUGUUCUAGUAUUUACCACUUGAAAUUUUGAUUUUGAUGA